GCACCCCUCACCGCGGCUCUGUGACGCCGCGGCCCUCCGCUGCAGCCUCCCCGUCCGCUCCCUCUCCAUCGGUGACAGCGGUGAGUGGUGCGGGCAGUGUGUUGGACGUGCCUGUUGUCGCAGCUGCCGACAGUGCACUGGAUGAGCUGCUGGCAGAG